AUGAACAAACACUGCUACAAUUUGUUCUCCUCAUUGAGAUCAACCAUCCGACCUUCAUUGACUGCAACUCGAUCACCAACACAGUACUCGUGUACCCUAGAUCCCGGCAAGAGGUUCCGCAGAUUGUCUGCCAUGGCGACCGCUACGCGUAUCCAACUGUCUCCGACAACUGAUUCGGGCAUAUACAGCUCGAAUGUGCGUGAAGAUGCAGCCAAGACAGCAAGCGAGAUAUUACAGGAAGACAUGGCAAAGCAUCAUGUAUUUUUCAACGACCAAGGCUUCCACAAUCAUAUUCCUCACCAAAUCCUCAGCAUAUAUGCCCUCGGAGCAACACCCGAGCAGAUCAAGGCUGGAUACCAGCGUAACAAAGGAUACCAGAGACCCGCACGGCCUACUGAUCUAGAUGUGGUAUUGUCUAUGCGCGACAGUGUCAAAUUCCAGGAAUAUCUCGGAAGGGAAAAGCAUUAUCCGAACUACCUUGCAUUCUUCCAGCAAGAAAUUGAUGCCAAGGGCGUUGGUGAAGUCCUGAAGGAAUAUGUGUUUGCCGGAGAUGAGCGGGCUGAGAGUAUGCUGUGUCGACUGUUUGGUGGUGAGUGCUACCCUAUCCAAUCCUGGAACUCCUAUGCUAUAUGUUCUAGAGAUUUAAUCGAAUAUCUAGGCCUGAUCCACCCACUUAUUCACCUUGGCUUCGGGCUUGAGUUUAACCAACCUGCCAUUGUAGCCCAAGGCCUUGCCCAGGCAGCCGUACACGCCGACUGGAUCGGCCGUGAAUUUUUCUUGCCCGCAGAGAAGAUGGCCGACGGGAUUGGAAAGCAGGGCCAGAAGUCACUUCUACAACUUCUGAAUGAGAUCCGCGCAGAUAAAGCUCUCAUCGAGAGUGUUCAGUGGGCUGACGAAAACAAGAUAAGAGAUGGCGUUUUGACCAGAGCGCCUGCGGUAAUGUUGAAAUAUGCUGCCCAGUUCACCGUUUCCGAGAACCAGGUUGAUGAGCGAUUGGCGGAUAUGAUCAAUACAGUUGUCUACUACACUAGCACUGCACAACGCCCAUCGCGAGAGAUGAAGCUGGACUUUUUCUUCAUCCACUGUCUCAACUCAUCUAUAUUCUUCUCCAAGAUAGUCAAACUCCCAUUCCUGGACCAGCGAUCUAAGCUUCGUCUGCUGGAAUGGAAAGGACGAAUGGAUCUCUUGAUGUACACCUCGCGUGGUACACCAGAUCUCCUACCGGAGGAAGUAGCCAGCUAUCCCGCGAAAGAAAACUGGUCACAGAUCUUUGCUCGCAGCCUUGCCCACCCCGGCGAUGACGGGCAUUUGGCUAAGUUGGCGCGAGCAUUGGCCCAUGGUCAGAAGGUCUGUGAGCCGUAUGAAAGCACUAACCCCGAGAUGCCGAUUCGGGGAGAUGUGUGGCUCAGGAUCGGGAACAUAGCUGUGGACUCCACCGUUGAGGAGGGAAAGCCGAUGUGGGUCCGUUCUACCGGAUUUGAUGAAGCGUGGGAGCCUGAAGGAUCGCGUCUUUGA